AUGAAUGUGGAUCCCCCUGGUCCCCACAGUCUGCCUUGUUAUGACGAAGCAGAAGCAGUGAAUGAUGGAGAUUUGUCACCAAUGCCUGAAGUUCAUGAUCCUGAGGAGAACAAUUCUUGCUUUCAAGUAUCUGUUGCUGAGACACUCCAAAAAGAGAUCGGCUCUCCUUGCCCUUUUUCUGUGGACCCAUCACCUCAGGACAGCUCUGAUGCUCCUAACAGUCCCAUAAAGCUCCCUGCUCUUGAGUCUGAAGAGGGCACUGAGAAUAAGGCGGAGGACAAGGUCCUCACCAGGAAGCAGAAGGUCCGGACUGUGUUCUCUGACACCCAGCUGUGUGCGCUGAGGGACAGGUUUCAGAGACAAAGGUACCUCAGCCUCCAGCAGAUGCAAGAACUCUCUGCCAUUCUGAACCUUAGCUAUAAGCAGGUUAAAACCUGGUUCCAAAACCAAAGAAUGAAGUGUAAGCGAUGGCAGAACAACCAAUGGCCGAGGCCUGGCAGCGGCGUGACUCAGGGUUCUGCAUUUGUGGAGUAUCCCAGCCUCAAUUCCAGCUAUCCCCAGGGCUAUCUGAACACAUCCGGAAGCCUUCCAGUGUGGGGCAGCCAGACCUGGACCAACACUUGGAGCAGCCAGACCUGGACCAACCCAACUUGGAGCAAACAGGCUUGGAACAACCAGGCCUGGGCCAAUCCAACAUGGAGCAGCCAGGCCUGGACCAACCCAACUUGGAGCAACCAGGCCUGGACCACUCAGUCCUGGUGUUCUCAAACUUGGAAUAGUCAGUCCUGGAACACUCCCUUCCAUAACUUUGGGGAGGAUUCUUUGCAGCCUUACAUGCAGUACCAGCAAAACUUCCCUGCCUGUGAUGUGGAGGCGAGUUUGGAAGCCCCUGGGGAAGGCCAUACAUAUUUUAGCACCCCACAAGGCUUGGAGCUACUCCUGAACUACUCUAUGAAUAUGCCAGGGGAGGCAUGA